AUGCCUCACCACCCACUUCCAAAUCAGCUCGGCAUUGCAACACUGUCGCUGGGCCACUGUACAAAGCACAAGCUCCGAGAUCGCAUCCGAGCAGCUGCAGAAGUUGGCUUCGACGUCAUUGACCUCUUUGACGAGGACUGGGCGGCAUACCUUUCAGAAAAUGGCCUUGAUUCGACUGAUCCUUGGGAGGCUACUGAGUCAAAGCUCCGUGUAGCGCAACAGCUGCGCGAGCUGAUUGAGUCUCAUGGCAUGAGAAUCGCCUGCACACAGCCACUGAGGGAUAUUGAAGGAAAUCUGGACCCCAGAGCCAGACAGGCAGCGAUGCAUCGGGCUACCGCCAGAUUCCCAUUCAUGCGCGCUUUUGAUACCGAUCUUGUCUUCAUGUGCAGCAGUAUGCGGCCAGAUGACGGGAAAAUAGCAACCGCCGACUUUCAGACUGUUGUGAGGGACUUGGCAGAGCUAGGGGACCUUGCCGCUGAGUUCUCCAGGAAGGAUGGUGGAAAGCAGAUACGUAUCGGCUAUGAACCACUUUCCUGGGCACGCAGGAAUACCUGGGCUUCCGCCUGGGAGGUUGUCCGUGCAGUGGACCGCCCAAACGUGGGCAUCAUCUUGGACACGUUCAACAUUCUCGCCGUCGAGUUCGCAGAUCCAUACUCCACCGUUGGAGAGGGCAGCAUGCUGUACGCUUCGCGAGACCAAGCCCUUCGGGUCCUCGGCGAGUCGAUGGCAUCCAUGGCAACGACUGUCAGACCAGAGAAACUUUUCUUCGUACAGGUCGCCGAUGCCGAGAGGAUGGCAGGUCGAGGCUUCAAACUGGCGGAAGAUCAAAGCGUGCCCCGGUUAUUACCGUGGUCACGCUCGCAUCGACUGUUCCCCGAGGAACAGAGGCGGGGAGGAUAUUUGCCAGUUGAGAUGGUGGUGUCUGCAAUUUUAAAGAUGGGAUACACUGGGCCUUUAUCCCUGGAGGUAUUCUCUCAUUCACUGCACAUUCCGGGGCGAGAGGUUCCCCUUCAACUGGCAACGCGAGGAAUCACUGGGUUGAAGUCUCUUCUCGACAGGGCGGCCCAGAAGCCAGGCAAGCACCAUGAUGAUUCCAGGGCGAAGCUUUGA